CUGGUUCCCAGGCCGAGCGUGAACGUCUUUACUUUCAAUUUCCACUUCCGUAUUCAAAGGCGUCUUCGACAAAUACACUGCGAAGUCAAAGCUGCGUAGAAAAAAAGAAAAUUAUCGGUUUUCAUAACCAACCUACAGCUCUUCGACUAUGCUGAAGUCUACCUGAGACUACAUCCUGCUCGGCUCACCGCUGGAAACUCUUUUUACAGAGGACAAAAUGGUCUUCCAGAAGCAGCUGUUAGACGCAGGGAGGGCCCUAUCCAGGGAUGAGGUGAAAGCUUUAGCAUUUCUUUGCUCUGACCUUCUUGGUCGAAACACUUCGUCAGUGGAGUCAGCCACAGAUCUCUUCACUCGCCUUAAGGACCAGGACUUCCUCUCUGAUGAGCAACCACACCUGCUGACUGAGCUUCUCCUCAUCAUUCAACGCACACGACUGAUCAGAGAACUCGGGCUCCCUGACCGAACUCCUACAACCAGAAACCUCAUCUCUCCAUACAGGAAGCUGCUCUACGAACUGUCAGAAGAUCUAACUGACGAAAACUUGAAAGAAAUUAAAUUCUUGUUGAACGGGAAGCUGCCGCGUAGAAAACUGGAGGAAAAUGUUACUACACUGGAGGUCUUCUUGGAGAUGGAGCAAAUGGACCUGAUAAACAACACUGACCUAAAGUCACUUGAGUUGUUACUUCAGUUCUGCUGUCCUGUUCUGACAGAAAAGAUCAACAGGUUUAAAGAGCAGCAGGCAGUACCUCACAGUGGCCUUAUAGCACAAGAGACAGGCCGUCCCAGAUCCAUGACCUACCCUCUGGAGCCAAACAACAAUCAGUCCACCAUGAGUUCUUUUACCACUUCCAUGGAUUUUACAAAUGUGGCUCAUGGUGGAGAUAACUUGGAGGACCUGUCACAUGAAAUGAGUGGUUUGAGCACCAGAACAGGCAGCUGCUCUUCUAUGACUGUGAGAACUGAUGCCUUAGCAAUAUCACAGUCAGAGUUGAAUGUGAGCUCCUCUGAAAAGCAGGUUGCUCCAACUACAAACACAAACACUGAGGAAUUGGGGUCAUAUCCCAUGAAUGCUGAAAAAAGAGGUUUCUGUCUGAUCAUAAACAACCACGACUUCAGCAAAUCCAAACAGUAUCUCCAGAGGCGAGAAGGGACCAUGGUGGAUGAAGAGCGUCUCAUCAAAGUCUUUGAGUGGCUCCAGUUUGAUACAGAGAUUAAAAGGGACUGUAAGAGAGAGGACAUGCUGUCUGCGCUUCAUGAGCUCAGCAGAAGAGACCACAGCAAUGUGGACUGUCUGGUGUGCUGCAUCCUCAGCCAUGGCGAGCUGGAAGGUGUGUUCGGUGUGGAUGGAGUCACUGUCAGCCUGAAGGAGCUGAGGGAGCCAUUCAAUGGGUUAAUGUGUCCAUCUCUAGCAGAUAAACCAAAGCUGUUUUUCAUCCAGGCCUGCCAGGGCAACGACUUGCAGAAGCCUGUUGACCUUGAGUCUGAUGGUCCCUCAAGCAGGCAUGUUGUUAGUGAUGCUGUCAAAUACUCCAUCCCAUCUGAUGCAGAUUUCCUGCUGGCGAUGUCCACCGUGCCUUCGUUUGUGUCUUUUAGAGAAAGGGUCAACGGAACGUGGUUCAUUCAGACUUUGUGCCAAAACCUCGUCCAGAUGGUGCCAAGGGGAGCUGACCUUGUGUCCAUAUUGACAAAAGUGAAUGGAGAUGUGAGCAAAAAGACUGACAUCACGGGCCAGAAAAAACAGAUGCCUCAACCAGCCUUCACACUCAGGAAGAAGGUAGUCUUUCCAAAACCCAGCAUCCCUCCUCCAGCCCUCUGACACGGACUGACGCCAGUGGGAUCAACUCAUGCAACAAAUCAUGUCUACUGUGUUUUUUUUACUUUCCCUGUUUACAACCUCAAAUCUGCUGUGCACAAAUUAAAUCUUAUUUUUAUAGCAAUAACUGAGACAGUUUGAUUCACUUAUGAUAAUCAGUGAUGUGGUAAGAAGCUCUGAAACAACUCAAGUGAAAUUAUUUUAGCAUAACAUGUUAUUUGUUUAAGAUUAUGAUACGGAAAAAGUACACACAAGAUCCAAUGGUCACUUUGUUUACAACCUAACAAAAGUAUUAAUUUAAAAUGAUUUUAAAUUGUUAACCAUGAUGUAUUUUGUAUGAAAAAUUAAAUGAAAAAUUUAAUUUCACUUGAACUCUGUAAAACCUGGAUGUUUGACAGAAGCAAUAACAAAAAUGCCAUUGUUAAGCAAAAACACCAAAUGUGAAUGUGUUAUUUUGUUCUUUGCUAUAAACAUUUAAUGCACAUCAAUUUUCUGACAUAUAACAAUAAAUUUUGUCCGCCUUGUUA